UACUACGAAAGCCCAGAAGGCUCAUUCAAUAUUCAAAAUUAAAAAUUGGAAAUAUCCAACAAAAAUUGAAGUUUGAAGUUUGAACUAUGCUCUUCUUUGACUUCAAAAUUUGAAAUUUGAAAUAUUGAAUUAAAGAAGUACAUUUUGAAUAAAGAGUUUGCAUUGCAUUGAUGAAUUUCAGGGGAAAACUUACUUCAUUUUCGGAUUGGUCUUUUGCUGUACAUUACCACAUGUAUUUUCCUGUACAUUUGAUUCCACACUGCUAGUGCUACAGAGCAGUUAGUAGUACUGCCAGUAGAACUUAUAUUUAUAAGAAAAGACAGCAUAUUGAUGAUUUGAGAUUUGUGGGACGCCUCUUGUUAGACCUGAACCUUCACCACUCUGAUUGAAAGAUGUCAGAAGUACAGAAAGAGGAGACAACGAGGAGCGAGUACAAGCUGGAGGCAGAUACAGAGCUCAGAUUUGAAGUGGAACAUAACGCUUCAGUACAAUUAGAGCUAGUUGAAGGCAAGGCCGAGUUGUUUGGUUCGGAACUGACAAAGAAUAAACGCUACUCCUUUCCCUCCCAGUCCAAGGUGGCGAUCUUCACCUGGCAAGGAUGCAUACUCAUGCUGUCAGGUAAGACUGAAGUAGCUUAUAUCGCCAAGGACACACCAAUGACGAUGUAUGUGAAUACUCACGCUGCGCUGGAGCAGAUGAGACAAGCUGCUGACUCGGACAAAUCAAGAGGGCCCAGGGUAAUGGUGGUGGGCCCAACAGACGUCGGCAAAACAACUGUUUGCAGUAUCUUAUUGAACUAUGCCGUCCGAGUGGGUAGAGCGCCCGUGUUUGUCGAUCUUGAUGUCGGUCAGAGUAAUAUUGGUAUUCCGGGAACGAUAGGAGCACUUAUAGUAGAACGGCCAGCAGAUGUAGAAGACGGCUUUGCAGAAUCAGCGCCCCUUGUCUAUCACUUUGGUUACAAUACGCCAUCACCUAAUUUAGAUCUCUACAAUCUGUUAGUCUCCAGAUUAGCUCUUGUUUGUAAUCAGAGGUGCGAGAAUAGUAAAAAAGCAAAUACAAGUGGUAUCAUAAUAAACACAUGUGGUUGGGUGCGAUCGGGAGGUUACCAGUGUAUCAUCCAUGCUGCUGGAGCGUUUGAGGUGGAUGUGAUUAUCGUCUUGGAUCAGGAACGGUUACACAGCGAACUAGUACGAGAUAUGCCAGAUUUUGUGAAGGUGUUAUUGUUACCGAAAUCAGGAGGGGUUGUUGAGAGAAGCAAAGAGUUCCGAGGCCAGUCAAGAGAGAGACGAAUCAAAGAGUAUUUCUAUGGACGGCGAAAUAAUUUAUAUCCACAUUCCUUUGAAAUUAGAUUUUCUGAUGUCAAGACUUUCAAAAUUGGUGCCCCAGUCAUUCCAGAAUCUUGUAUGCCAUUGGGAAUGAAGGCUGACGAUAACAAGACAAAGUUAGUCCCGCUUCAACCAGGUAUGAAUCUUCUCAACCACAUCUUAAGUGUCAGUAUGGCAGUAACGAAGGAUGAGGACAUCGUCCAGACAAAUGUGGCUGGAUUCAUAGUUGUUACCGAAGUGAACAUGGACCGGCAGACAAUGAGUGUGCUAUCUCCAUCACCGAGACCCCUGCCCAGGAACAUUCUUGUUCUAAUGGAUGUACAGUUCAUGGAUAUGACCCUAAAAUGAUGGAUGACAUUGUGUACACACGAGACAGUGCCAGAGAAAUAUUGAUACACGGAAUAGGAUUGUCCAUUUUGAUAAUUUGUUAUCUGUGUCUGAAGAUUUUAUCCAAAAGUGCAUUUAUCUUCCACACCAAAUACAGUUGUGCAUUUCUAUGAUCAUCGUUGUCCGUCAGUCCAAAACUCUCUUCACUGAGGUAAGAAGUUUUGGACUGAUGUACACCAAUGAUGAAUCAUUCAUUAAUAAGGUAAAGUCUGUUGUUACAGGCCAUCACAACUCCCAAGGUAGCAGCAUAUGGUUAUCUAAAAUAUCAGGUUCUGUUAUGAAAAUACUGUACAUUUGCAGGGGAUAUUACGUUAUUG